GGUCCUGGUUCAAGGCACGCAGGCACACACACCACGAUGCUAGCUGCGCUCGGCCGGCGAGAGAGAGAGCCUUGCCAUUGUUUGACGGCCCGGCCGAAUCAAGGAUCCGCGGGCCGCAAUCAUGGCCGUCCAGAUCCGCCGCCCACCACGCUUUAUCGGCGCACAGUCCGGUCCCUGCUGAUGUUCCUUGACGAGUCCAUGACUCCCGAGCAUCUCGAGUGAUCUUCAUCGUGCGCUGCUUCUUCUUCCGAAUCCUGACCCUGAGCUGUGUGGUCCUGCGCCCACCCGCCUUCCCGCCAGCCCAGACGGCAAUAUCGACGAUCAAACGCGCCUCGAUAAAUCCCAAAAAAAUCAAAAGUCGCUGGCAUGUCGAACCCUUACUACCACACGCGGGAUCGCGACGCCGACGCGCCCGAGGUCGCGCAGGUGGCGUCGCCCCUGACGGCCGUCUCCAACCUCGAGGGCGAGUGGCAGCGGCAGUACCAGUGGACGCGCGACGCCGAGCGCCCGCCGCUGCCGAGCGGCGACACGGCCAAGGAGGCCUUCAACCAGGACGCCGACGCCAAGUACGUCGUGCCGCUCGAGCUCAAGGGCGAGUACCCCGAGACGGCCACGAGCAUCACCAGCCCGGGGACCACCACGACCGCCGUGCCCUGGACCCCGGACUCGGAGCGCCUGCAGCCCGUCCUGUCCCAUGGUGGUUUUGGAAGCCCGGGGAGCCUGCAUGGCAGCGUCACGGGCGGGCCGCCGCCUCCCAUGCUGCCGCCGGGUGGUAGUGGUGCUACUGGUGGCGAGUUCAACGAGAACAAGGAUGGCAAGAUUCUGGGCAUGAGCCGCAAGGCUUUCCUGAUACUCGUCGUGGUCAUCAUCAUCAUCGUCGCUGCGGCGGUCGGUGGUGGCGUCGGCGGUGCGGUGGCAUCCAAGUCAAAGUCAGACGCCGCUCCCGUGACAACGUCGAGCAGCUUGCCUACAUCGUCAGCGCCGUCGCCUUCGACGACAUCGUCAGCACCGACGUCGACAUCAGCCACCCCCUCGGCAUCGCCCACACCAGACGUCCGGUUCCUCAACAACGAGACCUGGCCCAAGGGCGGCGUGCACGCGUUCCAGGGCUUCUCCCGGGAAAACUUCACCGGCAGCUCGACCGAGAUCUUCACCGAGGAGGGCGGCCACGACUUCCAGUUCGACCUGCACAGCUACGUCUGGGUCCCCAACAUCAACAACUGCUGCGCGUCGCUGUGCGCCAACUCGACGAAGCAAGGCUGGCUGGGGUACCGCUGCGAGCUGACCAAGAGGCUCGAGUCGUCGGACCCCAUUGCGCGCGUGUUUGUGUGGUGCUCACAAAAUCACACCAUCGAAUACGCGAGGGGCAAGUGUUAGUAGGGAGAUGAAAAUGCACAUGCAUGCACGGGGCGAAUCCAGCCGGCGUUUUACGAGUAUGUUUACUUCAAGGCACAUAUGUAUAUCUGAAACGGUCGCAUAGCGCAUAUAAUUCUCAAG